UUGGUAUAUAUUUUGCGGUCACACUGACCAAGUGUCAAGCAGCCAUUUUUUGGCGUCUGCUUCUUUCUUUUCGAAUUUUCCAUCGUAAACGCCAACAUGGGUUUCGCUACUCUCUGGUAUUCGCAUCCCCGUAAAUACGGCCAAGGCUCCCGUUGCUGCCGUGCAUGCUCCAACCGUCACGGUCUGAUCCGUAAAUACGGUCUGAACAUCUGCCGUCAGUGCUUCAGGGAAUACGCCAACGAUAUUGGCUUCAAGAAGCUGGAUUAAAUAUGCAUCCGCUUCCAAAUUAGACAUGCUCUCUGCAGUGUGUCGAACAACAAAUUUGGCAUAUUAAUAUAAGCAGUCGCUUUUCGGGACUUCGUAUAUUAAUAUGCCAGCAACAGCAACAACAAAGCAACAACAACAUAAUCAUUUGGAGAUUUAAAUGACAGCAAAGCCGCCAGCCAACGUCUGGAGAACACAAGUCCAAGGAAUGAGAAAGAGAAUCUAUCAUACACAUUAUUUAUUUUUGUGUGCCACUACAUAUGUUGCUACAUAUACAAAAAAGCAAAUUGUCACUUAAAUCCUUGUCUUGCAAGUUGUUGCCUUCUAUCGAAGGUUCUUUGUUUAAAUCUCCGUCUGAUUAAACCCAUAACAAGUAAAUGUAAA